AGGGCGUUGGCAGUAUUAACCUGGCUUUCGAUCUCGUCUCCGCUAUUACCUGCUGGAGUUGAAGUUAGUAUUGAAAGGAGCUAUAUACUACGUGAUACGGGCUUGACGAGACCCUAAGAGGACUAUUAAAACUUCGAUUUUUCUUACCGUGGAUAGAUAAACAGGCUCAAUAUAUGAUCAAAGGCUUUUUAUGAUAUAUUACCUACCAAGCAGCUUCGGAAAAGACUGUUGCAGAUAACCAACCGUAAUCAUGGAGACAUGUUUAAAGAUGUUGGUCCCUGCUCUCUUCGUUUGGUUCACUCUGUUUGUGACAGAUGUCCAUGGGCAGUGCAGUAGUAUCGAGUGCCUGAAUGGAGGUGUCUGUAAUGAUACAUUCUCAGCAGUGCCCUCAUGUUUAUGCACUGGGGCAUUCGCAGGAACUCUUUGCGGAGAACAACCAUUCUUUCGACUUUGCGAUUUAGUCACCGACGAUGGAGACACAAUCAAUCAUGUAUAUGACUACGUCACAACAGUGCGAAUGGAUACCAUACCACAUAGACAACAAUGUUAUUCCCUUAUGAGGUUUCCCGGCGCUACUACAGUGAAUUUUACUUUCACAAGACAUAACAUCGAAGCUCAAAAGGAUGAACUUUAUCUGUUCCCCGGAGGCGAACCUGUAUCUCCUGGAACUUCUGGAUAUACGUCUUACGACGACACAAAUUUAAUUGAUAAUCCGCAGAUUACUUUUACAAAUGCUGGUCCAAACUACGUUUUGAUGGUUAACACCGAUAAGAACAUGUUCAGUAAUUUUACACUGGAAAUAGACGCUGACCGCGAUGACUGCUUCUCGGCUCCCUGUCUGAAUGGAGCGACAUGUCAGGACCGCCUUCGAUCUUAUAGAUGUGAAUGUCCAAUAGACUUCGAGGGCGAAAACUGCGAGAAUGGCAUCGUUGUGGUAGAGAGCACGACACCAAAUGUGAUUUCAAUCAACGUGCGCGAGGGGUUCACUACACAGACAUUGGGUUUUGAUUUGACCUUAUCGCCUGCCGAUGGAAACACAUUCUCUAUCACUGGAGGUUCGGGUCUCUGGAUGGUUUCCGGUUUCUUCUCCCCGGCAUCUGAUGGAGUCACGGCCGUAGGUGGCGGAACCAUUGAUCUCACAGCUCCCCAACAGGCUGAAAACUGGGAACCUCCUUCUAAUACAAUAAUCGCCGCGAUUCAAGCUAAUUCGGUGCCUGUGCCAGCUAACAUCUUAUGUUCUGAUAUGCAGUAUUUCUGCGCUCGUAUUGACAGAGGUCUGAGUCCUUCUCCUGACUUCAGGAUCAUAGGCGAUCCAGAUGAGACAGCUCUACGCGGUUGUACUUCUGUAACAUGCAGAGGUGUUGAAAUAAUUGGCUCAAGUCUCACCAUAACAUCAGGAGAUCUGAGAGAAGGAAUAACACAAACAGUCACAGCGAACUUCAAUCUACAAUCUAAUGCUGCCGGUGGGGCUGUUAGCGGUACUGCACUAUGGAGACUUGGAUUCUUCAGCAGUGACACCCCUACUUCUACGGCCGGCAACGGGGCUUUGGGCUCUGCGUUUCCACAACCUUAUAAUGUAGGAGUUACUCCUGGCCAAGAUGCAGAAUUCAAUGAUCUAAGUUUUGAAGUAGAUCUGUCUGGACAAUACACCUGUGAUGAUAUCCCAUAUAUCUGCAUCAUUGCUGCUAAAAAUGUCGGUGCAUCACCGGAUUUCACCCUUACAACUAUACCCAAUGACGAUGUUCUUUCAGCCUGCACAAGUAUCACAUGUAGAGGUGUGGAGAUUUCUGAGACCAAUCUGGAUGUUAUUGAAAAUGCAAUACAAGAAGGGACAUCACAGGAGCUCUCAAUCGAGGUCUCAUUUUCAUCUGUUCCUGAAGCUGGGAGCGUGGGAGGGUCCGAUCUCAUUGAUGUCGUCUUCUUCCUCACCAACAGCGAUGUUGGAACUGGCAACCGCUUUGACCUUACAAAUGCAGUUCCUUUAAGUGUUACAGAAAUAAAUGCCGGUGAAGUUGUUACGGAAUUGAACAUUGCUGCAAACUUUGAUCUUACAGACGGACCAAUAUGUUCAGGUUUUAGCCAUAUUUGUGUUGAAAUGGAGAGAGGCGCCUCUUCUUCUGUUGAUUACCAAUUAUCGGGAAAUCUCAUUGGUUGUCAACAGAUAGCUUGCAGGGGAGUGGAGAUUUCAGAUACAUCAGUGACAGUUUCUGGUGCUAUCCUCGAAGGUCGAUCUGAGAUAUUGACAUUGAACAUCAUCCUUCAAUCAAUCAGCGAAGCUGGGAGUGUGAGUGGGUCUGGUCUCAUUGAGGUGAUCUCCUUCUUAAGCAACGACGCUAAUGGCUUGGGGACUCGUUACGACACUUCAAGCUCCACUGCCUCGCCAGGAGAUCAUGGCUUUCAAGGAGUAACGGCUGGUACCCCUGCGCAAAUAUCUAACUUUGAUGUCAACUUUGAUCUCACAGAUGGACCAACAUGUUCUGCCUUUAAUUAUGUAUGUGUCGAAAUUCAACGAGGAACAUCGCCUUCGGUUGAAUAUCAGUUUUCAGGAAAUCCUUCAGAUGCCGUACUAACUGGUUGUACUCUGAUACCAUGUAGAGGUGUUGAAGUAUCAGGUACAAGUGUAGGAAUCAGUGGAGGUGAAAUCAUUGAAGGAAUUACGUCCCUUCUUAACUUUGAUGUUGCUUUGCAAACGAGUGCAGAUGGAGGGAGCGUGUCGGGUACUGGUCUGUGGCAGGCAUUAGCCUUUGGAAGCUCUUUCCCCGAUGGAUCAGGUAUUAGGUACCUGGAGACGCCUGUCAACUUUCCGGCUACAGCAGCCAAUGCAGGUGUGGUUGCUGGCCAGGUCACAUCCUUGUCUGGGCUGGAUGCAUCUUUCACGCUGAGCUCAUCUGUCACGUGUGCGGAGUUCCAGUACCUCUGUGUCCAGAUCCAGAGGGGUGGAUCACCAAUUCCUGACUUCAGUCUUAGUGCGGUGCCAGAUCAAGAUUCAUUAAUUGGCUGUGCGCAGACCAGAUGUGGCGGAAUUGAAAUAACUGAAACGGUACUUCAAAUCCAGAGUGGAUAUCUACGAGAAGGAUUUUCACCAAACACAAUCGCUUUUGAUAUCUCUCUCAUCUCCAACCCUGAUGGCGGGAGUGUAAGCGGUUCAGGGCUAUGGGAUGUGACAUCAUGGAUUUCAACAGAUCCUACGGGUGUAGCUCCAAGGUUCCUAGAACAGUCUAUCAAUCUAUCUCCAGAACAAAGUGGAACACCUAUCGUAUCGGGAGAGGAUACUGCUCUAAUGGAAAAUGUAAUGGUGACAUGGGAUUUGUCUGGGGGUCCAUUGUGCACACAGGCAACCUACAUGUGUGUUCGUGUUGAAAAGGGAGCAAGUGCCAACCCAGAUUUUCAAGUUUCUGGCCAACCGAACAAUGAUGUGUUUACGGAUUGUGCAUUGAUCACGUGCAGAGAUGUUGCAAUUACAAGUACUGAACUCAACCUUCAAUCUGCAUCUAUUCUUGAAGGUGCUUCCCAGACUCUUGUUUUCGACUAUACAAUUAACAGUGACCCACUAGCAGGUGGUGUUAGUGGAGCAAACCUCUGGGAGCUUUUUUUCUUCCUGAGUGAUGAUCAGUUUGGUUCUAACCCAAUCAACGAGCAACAAAUUCUGCUCAAUCAAGGACAAGCAAACUCUGCAAUAUUUCCUGGAACUCCUACAGAAUUGACAAGCGUUGAUACUGUAGCAAAUCUCCAGAAUGGACCGACCUGCUCACAGUUCAGUCAUGCUUGUGUGAGACUGAUGAAGAGUUCCGGUGCCAAUCCAGAUUUUGGUCUAACAGAAUCAUCUGACCCUUCUGCAUUCAUCGCAUGCCAAGCUGUUACUUGUACAGGUGUAAGGAUUACUUCCACCCGCUUUAAUCUUCUAUCAGGCGAUAUCCGAGAGGGUACGCCAGAGGAAGUUAGAUUCGACUUCAUUCUUGAAUCUGAUGCAGCAGGGGGUAGUGUCAGUGGUAGCCAAUUAUGGAACGUAACUUUCUUUGGGAGCCAAGAUGGCACUGGACUGGGACCUCGUGUACAGCCACAGGUGAUUGAUCUGACCACAGCGCAGGGAGAGACGGCCAUUACGGCUGGAACAUCUGCAGUCAUUUCUGGCCUUGCCUUAAGCUGGGAUCUCACGGAUGGUCCGCUAUGUUCAGAGUUUGACUUCAUCUGUGCUCGGGUAGAGAAACAUGACAGUUCUAGCCUUGAUUUUGCCCUAUCUGGGAUCCCAGGUGAUACAGUUCUAACAGACUGUGUAAGCGCCAUAUGCAGGGGGGUGGAGAUCACACAAACAACAGUGUCAACUAUUAGCCCAGAAGUCUUGGAAGGAACUGAUCAAGGAUUGGAUCUGUCAAUAACGUUGGAAUCUAACAGUCUUGCUGGCAGCGUCAAUGGUGAUGACCUCUGGCGCGUUAACGCCUUCCUUAGUGCAGAUCCUAAUGGCAAUGGUGUGAGACUAAAUGAAAACAACAUUCCUCUUACAGCUGCUCAGUCAGGAUUAGAUAUAAAUGCAGGAAGCGCGGCUCAACUGGCAUCUCUUGUCUACCAACUUGAUCUGGUCGGCGGCACAACUUGUUCCGAAUUCCAGUACGUGUGUGUGGAGGUUUUGCAGGGGCUGUUGCCCAAUCCAGCUUUUAGACUUGAAAAUACACCCGGGGAUAUCCGAGAUUGCAUACCGAUAACAUGUAGAGGUGUUGAGAUCACCGACUCGGCAGUAACCUUUAUUUCUGGUGGAGUCCGUGAGGGUGUGACUGGACAGAACUUGAUCCUUAAUUUUGCCUUGCAAUCAAACCAACUUGCCGGGAGUGUAAGCGGAACCAACCUGUGGAACUUUGAGGUGUUUGGCAGUUCGACGGCUGAUGGUAGUGGGGAUCGAGUGACACAGGUUGUCCUACCCACAUCAUCUCACUACAACACACCAAUUGUGGCAGGUGUUGAUGCCGUCUUUGAUGACAUUGCAAUCAGGUGGGACAUGGAUGCAGGUUCGACGUGUGCUGAUGUGCAGUACGUUUGCUUCGAGGUGUCAAAGAACGAUGCAUCAACACCAGACUUCACCCUCGUUUCCAGUGGCAGCGUUCUUCGUGAUUGUAUAGCAUUGGAUUGCAGAGGAGUGGAGGUAACAGGUACAAGCCUAGAAGCUGUUUCUGGUGACGAGCUUGUAGAGGGGGAUGCUGCACACGAGGUCGUCUUCAACAUUGUGGUCGAUUCCGACCCAGCAGGUGGCAGUGUGUCCGGUGAAAAUCUAUGGCAGGUCAGAGCUUAUGCAUCAGACAGCAGCACACCUGGUGGAAGUGUCAUCAGUCCCAUUGACGUCACUUUGACUCCUAGUCAGAGCCGCGAAGGAAUUGUUGCUGGUACAACAACAACCAUUGAAGGCAUGAGUGCCAUUCUUGAUCUGAGUGGCGCCUUGUGCAGUGAAGGGGUUGAAGGAUUCUGUGUGGUGUUCCAGCAAAACCCCUUUUCACCAACGAGCUUCACAUUUGAUCCUCAACCAAAUGACAAUAUUCUUACUUCUUGCAUCCCAGCUACCUGCACUGGUGUCCAGAUAACAGAUAUCAAUUUCAACAUAAACUCUGGUGCAACACUUAUUGCUGGAUCUAGUAGACACGACAUAGACUUUGAUAUCAAUAUCAUUACUGAUGCGGAUGGUGCAGGCGUAUCAGGUUCAAAUCUUUGGGAGGCUGAGUUGUUCCUGAACUCCCAAAUUGACGGACAAGGAACAACUACUGUGUCUGCCCCAACAGUUAUUCCACUUAACGGUGAAACUCUGACUGCCGGUGUAUCCUAUACUUUGGAAGGCGUUAACUCAUUCCUUGAUCUGUCGGGUUUGGCUUGUAAUUUACCAUUUCUUUGCGUGAGGCUGAAUAAGAACCCAAACUCAAAUCCAGACUUCACCCUAUCAGCGUCUGCUGACAGUCUUGUCUCUUGUCAGAGUCUACCUUGCAUGGACACUGAUGAAUGUAAUCCAAACCCUUGCCGCAAUGGAGGGAUAUGUACGGAUCUUAUCAAUGCAUACUCUUGUAACUGUCCAGCGGGAUACUCUGGAACAAAUUGUGAAGAAGAUAUUGAUGAGUGCAAUAGCUUUCCAUGCCAAAAUGGUGGAAUUUGUAUGCAGGGAGUAAAUACCUUCACAUGUAACUGUGCUGCUGGAUAUACUGGAACCUUCUGUACAGACGAUAUCGACGAGUGUGCCUCAGCUCCAUGCCAGAAUGGUGGUAUUUGCAACAAUUUCAUUGCCUCAUAUACAUGCACUUGUCAAGCUGGUUACACCGGAACUAAUUGUCAAAUUAAUAUCAACGAAUGCAAUUCCUUUCCUUGUCAAAAUGGAGGCACCUGUACGGACCUCAUCAAUCGCUACCGAUGUGACUGUGCUCCAGGAUAUGGUGGAGACAACUGCCAAACUAAUAUUGACGAGUGUGCGAGCUUCCCUUGUCGAAACGGAGGGAAUUGUAUUGAUCUUAUUGAUGCGUACACUUGUAUGUGCCAGCCUGGCUGGACUGGUUUCACAUGUGAUAUGGACGUAGACGAGUGCCUUAGCAAUCCUUGCGUCAAUGGCCAAUGUAAUGGCCGUGGAACUAACUUCUACAUAUGUACAUGUGAUCCCGGUUACACAGGAACCAAUUGUGAUAUGAAUAUUGAUGAUUGUUCUCCAAAUCCUUGCCUCAAUGGUGGUCAAUGUAUUGAUGAAAUAAACGGCUAUAGAUGUAUUUGUGAACCAGGCUGGACUGAUACUAAUUGCCAAAUAGAUAUCAAUGAAUGUGAGGAGACAACCAACCCUUGCAAUGGUAACGGUGUAUGUCGCAAUCUACAGAAUCGAUUUGAAUGCGUAUGUUCACCUGGUUGGACAGGCCCACGCUGUAGCAUCGACAUCGACGAAUGUGAAUCCUCUCCUUGUGAAAAUGGGGGCACCUGUGACGAUGGCAUCAAUUUCUACACCUGCAUGUGCCCAGAUGGCUAUACUGGUGUUACAUGUAAUAUCGAAAUAAAUGAAUGUACAAGAGAGCCUUGUGAGAAUGGUGGAACCUGUGAGGAUGGUACUAACACUUUUGUCUGCAGGUGUCAGGAUGGUUGGGAAGGUCCAACAUGUGCCACUGAUAUAAAUGAGUGUGCGUCAUCCCCUUGUUUGAAUGGAGGAACAUGCACGCACGGCGUUAACUUCUACGUCUGCCAGUGCACACCUGCUUGGUUCGGUGACAAUUGUGAACGAGAGCGUGAGGAGUGUAGUAGCAACCCCUGCCAGAAUGGAGGGACUUGUAAUGAACUGACUAAUGGCAAUGGAUAUGAGUGCACAUGUGCACCAGGAUACACAGGAACACACUGUGAAACAAACAUCAAUGAAUGUAAAAGUGGUCCCUGCAUGAACGGCGGAAUGUGCAUUGAUGGUAUCAAUGGAUUUACAUGUGACUGCGUAGAUGGCUAUACAGGGACAAUCUGUAACAUUGAGAUCAAUGAAUGCUCUUCAAGUCCCUGCGUCAAUGGAGGCACUUGUGAUGAUAGAAUAGCAUUUUACGUUUGUACAUGUGCGCCUGGAUGGACUGGAGCUAAUUGUGAUAUCGAUAUUCUUGAAUGCGACAGCUUCCCCUGUCAAAAUGCUGGCGUGUGUACUGACUCCAUCAAUGCAUACUCAUGUAAUUGCCAAGCCGGAUAUACUGGAAUCAAUUGUCAAACUGAUAUCAAUGAAUGCUCCAGCUCUCCCUGUUUGAAUGGUGGAACAUGUGGAGAUUUCGUCAAUUUCUACAGCUGUACCUGUAUUGCAGGCUUCACUGGGCAGAAUUGUGAAAUGGAUGUUGAUGAAUGUGUAAGUGGACCUUGUUUGAAUGAUGGUACCUGCGUUGACAACAUAAACUCAUUUACUUGCGAGUGUGCCAGUGGAUUCGGAGGAACCUUUUGUCAAAUAGAUAUAGACGAGUGUGCCAGCAGUCCAUGUCGAUCGGGCGCAGUUUGUAAUGAUCUGAUAGAUGGCUAUGAAUGCAUAUGUCAGCCUGGUACAGAAGGCCCCCGAUGCUUUAUCGACAUUAACGAGUGCGCAAGUUUUCCUUGCCUGAAUGGCGGAGUUUGCACGGACCUACCGAACGCAUACACCUGCACAUGUCUGCCGGGAUAUACGGGCACCGAUUGCCAGAUUGAUGUAGAUGAGUGUAGCAGUGGCCCUUGUAUGAAUGGUGGUAUCUGCACUGAGGAGAUUGAUUUCUUCUCAUGCCAGUGUAUCAGUGGAUUUGAAGGACUUCGCUGCCAAACAAAUAUCAAUGAGUGUGCAAGUAAUCCUUGUCAGAAUGGUGGAGUUUGUACCGAUGGGGUGAAUAGCUUUUCCUGCACCUGUGCUAAUGGUUGGACGGGUACAAAGUGUGAAAUAGAACUAGAUGAAUGCGAAAGCAACCCAUGUGUGAAUGGUGAAUGCGAAGAUGGUGUAUAUGCAUUUACUUGUUACUGUGAUCCCGGUUGGACUGGACAAAGAUGUGACAUACCAAUUGAUGAAUGUACAAGCGGACCAUGUGAGAAUGGAGGUUCCUGUACUGAUGGAAUCAACAGCUACUCUUGUCAAUGUCUUCCCGGCUGGACUGGAUUCAAUUGUGAAAUAGAUAUCAAUGAAUGCGGCAGCAACCCUUGUUUAAAUGGAGCUAGAUGCCAGGAUGGUCUGAAUCAAUAUACUUGCAUUUGUGCUGCAGGAUGGACAGGAACCAGAUGUGAAAUAGAUAUUGACGAGUGCGCAUCUUUCCCUUGCUUGAACAGUGGAUCUUGCAUUAACUCCCAGAAUGGAUACAUGUGUACAUGCACACCAGCAUAUACUGGCACCAACUGUCAAAUCGAGGUUGAUGAAUGCCAGAGCAACCCUUGUCUGAAUGGAGGGUUCUGCAAUGACAGGAUAAACUUCUAUACAUGCACCUGUGCAAGCGGUUACACUGGUGUGCACUGUGAGACACCGAUUCGUUAUUGCUCUAGCAAUCCGUGUGUUAGAGGCAUCUGUGUUGAUGAGGUCAACGCUUUCAGUUGUGUAUGCGAUGCAGGCUGGACCGACGUGUUAUGCAGCACAAACAUUGAUGACUGUGCUGUCAACCUGUGCUUGAAUGGGGGAACGUGUAUUGAUGGUGUGAAUAGCUUCAGGUGUAGUUGUGCACCGGGAUGGACAGGAGACCUAUGUGGCCAGGAUGUGGAUGAGUGUGCAAGUAAUCCAUGCAGGAAUGGGGGAAUUUGCAACAAUUUGCAAAAUAUGUUUACUUGUACUUGCCCAACGGGAUACACGGGAGUGAUUUGUGAAACAGAGAUUGAUGAGUGUGAAAGCCAGCCUUGUCGCAACGGUGGUUUGUGCUUUGUCAAUCCAAACGGCAUAUCUUUCAGGUGUGCAUGUCGGGCAGGUUAUGUAGGAGAUCUAUGUCAGAUAGACUUUGAUGAAUGUAGCUCAAAUCCUUGCAUAAAUGGAGGGACCUGCACGGACGAAGUCAAUGGCUUCCGUUGUACAUGUCUCCCUGGGUUCGGCGGGACAACCUGUAGUAUCAACAUCAAUGACUGCACUGAAAACACAUGCUUGAAUGGUGGAAUCUGUUUGGACUUGAUCAGUGGAUACAUGUGUGCAUGUCCUCAAGGGUAUUCAGGAAACAACUGUGAAAUAAAUGAGGAUGAGUGUGCCAGUAACCCAUGUAUGAAUGGAGGGGAGUGCAUCAACCGUGCCCAAGUUCAUGGUUAUGAUUGUACUUGUGCCCCGGGCUUCACCGGCACUCAUUGUGAAAUAAAUAUCAAUGAAUGUUCCUCAUCUCCUUGUAUGAAUAAUGGCAUCUGUAAUGAUGGUAUCAAUUCAUACACCUGUACUUGCUCACAAGGAUGGACAGGAGUUCAUUGUGAGAUAUCCAUUGGGUGCAGAGUAAACUAUACGCUGGGAGUUGGAGGAAAGGUCAUUAUCAACUCACCUAACUACCCAUCCAAUUAUGGCAAUGGAGAGAACUGCCUAUGGUUUAUUACUGGUAUCAAUGGUCGUGACGUCAACAUUGACUUCAAGGAUUUCAUAACAGAAAACAGAUAUGACAACUUUAUUGUUGGAGUUGGGCCUGACCCUAAUAUUGGCAGUCAGCGGAUGGGCUUCUCUGGCCCUGUCAAGCCGGGCGAAAACUCAUUGCAGGGAGUCAAUACAAUCUGGAUCCGUUUCCAGACUGACAGUGAAAAAACAGAUCGGGGCUUCUCGGUGGAAUUCCGUGACAGUGCAUACCAAGUCAUAACACCUUGCGAUGCCAGGCCCUGCAUCAAUGGGGGAGUCUGUUCAAAUGUUGGAAAGAUUAAUUUCCGCUGUGAUUGCAACAACUUGUGGACAGGACAAAACUGCGAGCUUCCUUCAGUGAUAAACAAAUGUGGAUUGAAUCCCUGUACCAAUGGUGCUGAAUGCAUGAAUGCUGGGGAGGAUUACACAUGCCUCUGUCCGGCCGGUUUCACUGGAAAGAACUGCACUGACGACAUUGAUGAAUGUGCGCAGAAUCCAUGCCAAAAUGGUGGAGAAUGCUUCAAUCUUAUCAAUGCCUAUGCAUGUGCCUGUCUGUCCUGUUACUCUGGACGCAACUGUGAAUUAGCUCCACCUUCUGCCGCCUGCAGUGUAAACCUAUGUGAGAAUGGUGGAGACUGUUCCUACAACCGUGGAACCUACGACUGCUCGUGUGCAGAAGGCUACGAUGGAGAAUACUGCCAAAAUGAUACUGACAGAUGUCGCUUCAACCCUUGUAAUUUUGGUUCAUGCUCUACUCUGAAUGAUAACUACCAAUGUACAUGUCAGGAGGGUUACAUGGGAACCCAGUGUGAUAUUCAAGAUACUACCGAUUGCGUCAAUGCAAAUCCCUGUCAAAAUGGUGCUGCCUGUAUGGUUGAGAAUGGCACCUAUUCCUGUGACUGUCCGGUAGGAUUCCAAGGAGAGUACUGCUCAGAAAAUAUCAAUGACUGCCUGGAUGAGACCUGUAGCGGGAAAGGAGUUUGUGUGGAUGGCAUCAAUGGAUUCACAUGUGUGUGUCGCAGUGGCUAUCUGGGUACCCGCUGUCAAAUAGAUGUUGAUGAAUGUGCAUCGAAUCCAUGUUUGAACGGCGGAGUUUGCUUAAACCAAGCGAAUGGUUUUACCUGUAUAUGUACUGGUAGUUUUGUCUUACCUCUCUGCACCCAAGAGCAAAUUAUCAGCUCUGGUGGUAGCCAGCAAAGUACAUUCCGAGGGACUCGUAUCACCCUGGAUCCAUAUUUCAUCCUCCUGAUUGUGGCUUUAGCAUUGUUUGCCAUAUUCUUCCUCCUCCUCUUCCUAAUUGCCAACUGCUGUAGAGCUAGAACGGACCAAUAUGAUACAGAAAAAGCACGAUUGGGUGAAUACCCAUCCCAAACUCGAGCUGAGAUGUCCAUCUUGGCAAACGCUGAACCCCCAGGUACACGAGAGAACGACUACGCCAUUCACGGACCGAUCCCUCCAUCUGGCGGUGGAAAUGUAUCUACCAUGAACAGCUUUGAGAACCCAUGGCCACAGUCAGAAGAUGAACUAAGGAAAACUGCUUUGUAAAGAAUGACCAUUGUCCUAUUUCAUAAAGACCUGUUUCAAUAACAAAUGCACAAAUCUAUACCAAGUUCAAUUACCAGCCAAUCAAAACAAAUGAUUUUGGUAGCUUAAAAGUGUUAUUUCAAAUUUGUUAUUAUGACAUGUCUUAUGAAAUGGGCCCCAGAUCUGACCAACGAUGACGAUUUUUACUACACUGUGAUCUGCAGUGAUGUUCUAUACUACAUUGACAACAAUAAAUCUUAUUGAAUGAAGCAGUAUCUGUAACGAAAAUUUAGACAUCAAAUUCAAGUAUUUCUAGAUGAUCAACAUUGUAAUUUACCUCUUAAAAUUACUAAUUAGUAAUGGUCGACUCUCAUUUCAGUGAGUCGUUCUUUCUCGAUGAUUUAUUUAUUUCGAGAGGACAAUCAUUCAUGAAACUUGUCUAUUUCAACCAUGGCAAAUACUGUCUUAUUGUCUUUUACAUAUUGGUCCAUUCUAGAUUCUUUUCUCACUUUUUAAUUAUGAAUUUUAAGUGGCCUGUCUGAAGAUUUGUCAGUACUUUAGCUCAUAAUGGAUUAAGUAUUCCAUAUUCGUAGUCCAUGAUGAUUAGCAUGCAGUUAAAUGACAUGUCUACCCCAAACAGAGAGCAGAGUUAAAUGAAAUAUAACAAUUAAAAUUUCAUUAAUUAAAUUUGACGUUUUUGUAACAAUUUAGAUCAAUAUGCACAACAAAACAACAGUGAUAUGCAAAUGAAAGUGAGAUUCAGUAAUGUUGCUCACUUUAUAUUUAUUUUGUAUUAUUUGAAUUAUAAAAUAUUUCCAUUUUUGCAGAUUAUACAAAAGGAGAAUAAUCACAAUAGAUUACAAAAAAUUGCACAUAAAAUGUUCAGGCAAAAAUCAAGUUUUUUGUACAUUACAAUGAGAGGAUUAGCAUUUUUCAUGGAAUAGUAUACAUAUGAGAACUAGUAUGUGACCUCAUUGUAUACUAUUAUAAACAGGAUGAGUAUAUCACUGUUUUUUGACACUAAGAGAAAGUUCAAAAAUUUCAAAUUUCAGAUCCGAUUUGAUUAAAAAAAUCAGUUGUACAUUUGUUUUCCCUUUUAUGUUCACAUCAACUUGUUAUGGUGAACUUCUCUAAAGGGCCAUUCUUUAUGCUAAUCCUUUAUUCCUAAACAUGGUAUUCAGACUUUCUUCUACACUUUGUUGUCAACGUAUUAUCACAGGAUUCAAGCAAGCUGUGCUACUUGAAUUUCUUAGCAUGAAUAUCAAGAUUUGAAAUUUUCGAAAAAAUAAGUUUCUAAAAUGUUUGAUUAUAGAAAAAAAAUAUUUGCGUUCUUAUUUUCUUAUCAAGCAAAAGUAUUUUCUUGUAUUGUCACUUUUCUCCCUUGAAGUUGGUAUUCUUUACAUACAUAUAGGGAAAUUAGGUGAUGGUUUCUGUCAAGUACUGAAAUGUUUCGAUUUUACAAUAAAAUUUCUUUAUUUCUAAUUUUGUUUUUUCUAUAUGCAUUUUUACUGUUAAGCAUUAUUGAUUUUUAUUCAGCGUCACUACUUUUUUCAGUUUGAUUCAUCUUUACAUUCUUUAAAACAUAUUAGCACCAUUUGCGGUGCGGCAAAAUGGAAUUCACUUUUUUUUAUUCUUCAAGCAUUUGUUCACUCAAAGAUAGGUUUUAGAUUUCAUUGGUUUGAAUUUAAAGUUUUUUAGUCAUGGAUUUCACUAUCACAGUUUAAAUUUAUUUCGCUUUGCGACUUAUGAAACUUGGUUUCCUUUCAUUUCCAGCAUUCAAUCCUUUGAUAUAGGCCUAUUUCUUUGUUAAAUAUGUUUUUCAGGCAUUUUCAAAUUUUCUUGAUAUUGCUUGGAUAUAAGUAAUAUUUCAUAUUUUUUCUAUUUACAAGUGCACAUUUGUACACAUCUCUUUUUGUCAAAUGUCAUUCUAUCAAAUUACAAUAAGUCACUAUCGGUAAUGGUAUUCCUGUUAUAUUAGACCAAUCUACACUUGAUAAGAAUUUUUUCUAUUCAAUUUGAAGUAGGCGAUAGCAUUUCUUUAACCUAUGGGAUAUGAUUUGUUAUAUGGAUUUGGGGUUUGUAAUACUUUUUACAAAUACUACUAAGCUCAUAUAUACUAACCAAUCAGGAUUCCACACAAUCUAAUAUCCCAUAGACAUUCCACAAAGCUUUUCCCUAACAAAUUGUACCUCCAUUUAUGGUUUCAUAGUUUUAAUCACACUCAACACUAAAUAAAUAUAUCAUUUGAAGGGCGACACUUUUGGAUCAACCCCCUCCUCUCCCUUUGAUGACAGAAGGCUUUUUAAACUACCCCAACAUUCACAUUCUUCAUUCGCUGUAAAUUUUCAGCCGUAAAGGGGCAAAAUUGAAAGGCUGUGAUUACAUUUUACACUAGAAACUACUCCAGUUAUUAUUAGCUUCUAGGCUGUAAAAGAGCCUUGGGUGUUAUGCCAUGGGCUGCUUGCACCUAACUUGGGAGUGUGUCAUCGAAGACAAUGAGAUAUCAUCAUAUCGAAUUUAUAGUGUCCCGUUCCUCUCAGCCUAUUGAUUACCCCCCAAAAAUGGCAACAAACAUUAAUUUUGUCAUCAUUUUCAUUGAAAGAAAAAUGAUAUUGAUAUAGCAGGAGUCAAACAAUUUACUGAAAAGUUGUCUUUAUGAUGCUGCCAAUUUAAAGUGUCUAAUGAUUAAAUCGAGUUAAAGAUCAUUUAUUCAGGACCGGCACUACAUACUGUACUCGGAAUGGUAUAGUACAUUUUUCCCUUUCUUACCAUAUCCUAUUUGAAAUUGCUAUAGCAUUCAGGAUUUUGAGAAGCUGCAAUAGAGACAAAUAAUAUUCAAAUUCUCAAGCAAGCUGACGCCCAAUUAUUCAUAAUUGUUAUACAAUUACUAUGUCUUAUCUGUCAGCAACUGGGAGGGCUAAAAUCCAAAAAUCUGUUAUACAUCCAAUUAUUAUCUACAUAUGGAUUACUCGGUUAUGAAAUCAAAUCAAUUAAGGGACUAAUUGUUAUAGGUUAAAGGGAUAAUAUUCAAAUUCUCAAACUAACAUAAUGCCCAUUUAUUCACUAAAUGACUUAUCUGUCAACAGUUGGGAAAGCGAAAAUCAAGACACUGUAUUAUACACCCAAAUUAUCUACAUGUGGAUAACUUGGUGAUGAUAUCAGUUAAGGGAUCAUUCAAUUAGUCAAGCAAUGGCGAUCAUUCAAUCACAGAAAUUAUUAGUCAGCUUCAUCAACAAUGAAUUGCUAAACUAUUGAUCAUAAGAAUAUCAAUCAUAUCAUCUUAAGAACAUGUUAAUUAUCAUUCAACUCCUAAAUUCUAUUACUUUGAUCAAACAAUUAUUUGAAUCCAAUCUAAAGUCACAUUGAAUCUCUGGAAUCAGUCUUUCAUUUAUCAACCAAAUUAAGAAUUUAUAAUCAAUAUAUUGUCAAUCAAAUCAUCUAGAAAUUGCUCAUUCGAUCAACAUAAUCACUCAAUUUGAUCACCAGUAUCAUAUAAACAACUAAUCCAGCAGCAAAAAAAAAUCCCCAUCAAUUACAAUAAUAUUAUGUACUUCAUAUUUCCAUUUUUUAAGGGUAUUAUAAUUAGGUUAAAUCAUAAUUUUUGUAAUUUCUCAAAGCAGUGAUUUCACAGCACCAGCAUGCAUCUAAGUCUAUGUAUAUGAAGUAUUGAUUGACACGUUGCUUUAGGGGUGCAAUUCAUUCAACCACUUCAAAUAGCUAGAUGAUUGCGCUGUGUUGGGCGUAUUCUAAAAGGUUCUGAUGAUUUACAAAAAACAUAUAUAUAUACUUAAAAAUAAAUAUUCUAAAAUGCAAGAUAUCUGUAUUUACUCCAUACAAUAUUUCAAUCUCUGGUCUGACUUAGUCAUGCGGGCUUUGUAAUGAUACCAUGUUGAUAUGGCAAUGAUGUCAAUGUAUUUCAUGUCUUCAUGAAACCCUUAUGACUUUGUGUUAUUCAUAGAGAUGUCAUCAUAUAUUUUGGUUAAAAAUCAACCUGUUUUCAUAAACUUGUCAGCUGUAACUGCUACUCAGUUGCUAUGAUUGGAAAUUAAUGAUUUAUAAUUAAACAAUGAAUUGAUGGGGA